GCGUGUGACGUCAGCGCGUCAGCUGGUUUAUGUUUACAUCGCAUCAGUUUUUUCGCAGUCAAGUUAGGCGUUAUUGUGGCCGGGUCCAAAUAUAUGACAUACGCCUUAAUGUAAUCGAUGGACAUUGUUGGUUUGCACGAGACAACCGCUGAGGUCCGUAAUCACACGGUAAGAUGUAGACUGCGCAUCGAGAAUGACUGAGUGCCAGUGUGGCCGGAGACUCUUUUGUUUAUGUCGGUGUUUGUGCGAAGCUUGUCCUCGUGCACAGACGGACUGCAGUUAACGACAGUGAUAGGCACACCUCAGGACUGUCCUUAGAAGCUCUUCUGCUCUCAUCAUGGGUGGAGCUGUGAGUGCGGGUGAGGACAAUGACGAGCUGAUUGACAACCUUAAAGAGGCACACUACAUCCGCUCAGAUCUGGUGGAGAAGGCCUUCAGAGCCAUUGACAGAGCAGACUAUUACCUGGAGGACUAUCGUGACAGUGCUUAUAAAGACCUGGCCUGGAGGCAUGGGAACCUCCAUCUGUCUGCUCCAUGCAUCUACUCGGAGGUGAUGGAGGCCUUGGACCUGCAGCCUGGCCUGUCUUUUCUCAACUUGGGCAGUGGGACGGGUUAUCUCAGCACAAUGGUGGGCCUUAUACUGGGUCCGUUUGGUGUGAAUCACGGUGUGGAACUGCAUGCGGAUGUGGUUGAUUAUGCAUAUCAGAAACUUGACUACUUCAUCAAAACCAGCGACAGCUUUGACAAGUUUGAGUUCUGUGAGCCGACCUUUGUGGUGGGGAACUGCCUGGAGAUCCCUCCGGAGAGUCGGCAGUAUGACAGGGUGUACUGUGGUGCAGGAGUUCAGAAAGAGUACGAGAACUACAUGAAGAACCUGCUAAAGGUUGGCGGGAUCUUAGUUCUCCCCCUGGAGGAGAAGUUAACCAAGAUCACUCGCACAGGUCAGAGCUCCUGGGAGACCAAGAAAAUCAUCGCUGUGACCUUUGCCCCGCUCGUCCAGCCCAAACAGAAUGUCAAUGGCAGACCUAAGAGUGUUCCUUUACCCAUUUUUGAGGUGCGGACAUUGCAGGACCUGUGUCGGAUUGCUAUUCGCCACACUCUCCGGCAGCCCAUAGCUAUGGGGGAAGGACGCACGAAGAGACGAGUGUCUUUCCCAGGGGCCCGGGCCAUGCACCGCUACGGGCCCCGCUUUGAACGCCGCCGCUUCUGUCGUCGUUUCUACCGCCAGUGCGUCAACUCCAUGGUUCUCCAUGACUCCAUGAUUCCCACAGCCAUGGAUGAUUGCAACUACCCCGGAGGAGUUGAAGAGGAAGAAGAGGAAGUGGAGGAGGAAGAGGAAAGGGCUUGUCGCCGAGUGAGAGAAGACCUUCCCGAGGAGGACGAGGAGGAAUGCUCCGGCAAUGAAGAGGAGAAAAACAAAGGCGGCUGUGCUCGUGUGGAGCCUCCCGUUAAUAUUCUGAGGGAGAAGAUCCUAAGACUCCCAUUACCUGAACCCCUGAAGAUGUAUCUGCUGUAUUACAGGGAGAAAUGAGACGUGGCGAGAGAUAAUACGUGCGGUGUAGCGCUAAGGCGAUUAGACGUGAAGAAAAGCCUUUCUCUUCUUCCUCCUCCUCUCCAACUGGAUUAGCAUGACAAUUAAUUCCUCAAUUAAUGACAUCACGAUAUUCAUAUCCCUUUGAGAAGCAAAGCUCCUUUAUUUGGGAUGUACAGAGAUGGAACCGAAGGACUGAGCUCAUUUCCUGAAUAAUCAACAUCGCCUGAGCUCACGCAGCUCUUUUUUAAUUCAGUAUUCCCCUCGAUUGAGAUGAUCAAACGUGUAUGUGACCUACGACACAUUGUCCCUGUGGGAAUUGCUUGUUGCUGUGAGCUCUUUUAGAGUAGCAUCACUUUGGGAUGUGGUGUAGUUUGAAAUGGUGGAUUGAAUAUUUUUCUAUAGCUUUAAGGUGCGGUCACAUUUACCAUUGCUUGGCGAAAUCCAGUCAUUUCAGCACGAUCUGGAGUUUCACGCGAGGACGGAAAAGUUCCUCACGCAGAUUUCGCUCGUGUCAGUGUUGGUCACGUGAAUCCGCUGCGUUGACCAAAAGAAAGCUGCUUGGUAUGAAAGUGGCUUCUGUGUGGACUUUUUUUUUUUUUGCCUGCGAAGUUUAACUAAUGUGACCGCACCUUCACACAAGUCGGCCCUCCACUGUUGAACUCUUUUCCUUGCCUUUACCGUGUUCUCCAAAAUACUGAAUAUCGCCUGCAUGUGUACUGCCGUAGUGCACCCACAUUUUGUCAAUAUUGGAGUUUGUGGUUAUGUACUUUUGAUUACCAUCGCUGGUAGAAUUACAUUUGACGCGGAAUUGUGACCUUAAACCCAUGCGCGUAUGAAACCGUUUCUGCACCCAGUUACCAAGGAAUCAUCAUCCGUCAGGAUCAUAUAGUCAUUUACGUUUUCAUUGCGUCAUAUCGCAAGCUUUACAAUUAUAUUGUAAAGAUCGUGUGAAAAUGAAGAGAAAUAUUUUUAGUGAAAUUCUAUUUAUUGGUAAUCACCAAAUUUUGUUUUCGUCAGGUAAAUGAAGCACUUGGCUAUUUUUCACAAAUUCCAGUCAUUGUGCUCAGAAUCAUUGGCCCUACUCAGGAAUACUUUAGGAAAAUGUUUUGAUAUUUUUUUAACUCCUUCAGACUGAUCCUCAAAAAAACAAAAAGACCAAAAUUGUAGGACCUUUCUAUUUUUUUGACCAAAAGUAUUGAAAAUUAUCUUUUGCUUUGUAUAUCACAGUGGUGGUAAAACAGCCUCUGUACAGAAAGACUAUUCUGAGCAUACAAUGGUUGGAUCUGGCGAUCCUGUGAUCCCAGUUCUGAUUUCUGCACAAUUCAUCAGCGCAGGAGCUUUUCUCUUUAGUUCUCAUUGAUGAUUGUGUGCUUGUAGGUAACAGAAUCUUCAAUAAAGUUUGAGUUUGCACACUGGAAAGACACAUUUCUGUCAUUUUAUCAGUGUAUUGUACUUGCAAUAUGUAAUUGAAGUUCCAAAACUGUUUUUAUUAAGUGUAAAUAUUACAUAAUUUUGAAGGCUCGUGUUUAUUGUAGAUGUUGUAGAUUAUGAAGAUUGAAAAUCCAGACGUUUAGCUAAAAAGCCAAUCACAAACCCUUUCACCUUCAGUGAUCCUUAUUCUUCAGCUCUAAUAAUAAUAGAUGUAACAUGCUACAUUACUUGUAUGCGUAUAUUAAACAUAAUAAAAAAAUCAA